AUGGGAUACAAGGAAGGGAUGGUGGAGAGGGACCAUGGGAAGGAGGAAAUCUAUGUUCACAGCAAGUACCAGAGUGUUCACAGCAGGAUCCGGGUAAAACGUCUUUCUGUGUAUCCUUGGCUGACAGAAGGCCAGGCUCAAAGCAAGUUCUAUGGAGUCCUCAGGAAACCGUUAUACCUGGACAUUUCAGGAGUAAAUGACCCAGAAAGCAUUCCACAUGGCCAAAGAAUCUGCCUCCACCCCAAGUUUAAUCCCAAAGAUGAAAAUGAUCCAGUGGAAGCAGAUAUUGGCUUGAUCAUUCUUGAAGAGCCUAUUUCCGGGGAUGAAAUACCACUAUCUCAGUUCACUAAUAUAUCCUUGAAGAGCUGUUCUAAGUGCCAAUACCAAAGCUGUUAUGUGUAUGAAUAUCAGAGUAGCAAGAAGCUCGGAACCACUAGAGUAAAGAAGAUAGAUGUGCAACUUCUAGAUUUCUCAACAUGCCACCAUCAGCAUUCCUAUCUAGAGAAGACUGUGGGCUUGUGUAUUCAGAGUCAACCACGGGAAGACUGCUGGAUACAGCGAGCCAGUCCUGUUCUAUGUCUCCUAAAGAACCACUGGGAACUAGUGGGCCUCAUACAUAGGACUUCAAAGAUAUGUCAAAAUCCCACAGUCAUCAUUAGAACAACUCCUUACUUUACCUGGAUAAAACGAUUCAUCAAGGCAGGAGCUUCAAAGCCAAGAUCUUCUCCCAGAUACAAUAAUAGAUGAUCUGGUGCUAUUCUUUUGAGUUGCAGUAAGUGGAAGUAUAUAGGGAAACAGACAGCUUACUACUAUAAAGAACCAUGUGAUUCUGCCAAUGUGCACCCUGGAAAUACAGAUUGCUGCAUACUUUUCACAAUGAUUAAUAUAGACCUUUGGAAUUUACUACUACCCCCAAACUUACCCCAGAGAUAUUGGUUUCUUUUUAUUGUGAUACUGUUACUAUGCACUAAAAAAAAUCAGGAACAUAAAAAAUACUUUUAUAGCUGGGGGUGGGGGCAUUCUCCUGUAAUCCCAGAAAUGGGAAGGUGGGUAUCUAUAGGAGGGUCAGGAGUUCAAGGCCAACUUCAGCUAUAUAAAGCAUUUAAUAACAGCCUGGGCUAUGUGAGACACUGUUGUAAAAACAAGCAAGCAAACAUCAGAAUCAUGGGUGACUUUCCUGCUGUUUUGCAAAGAAUUCUUAGUGCCCUGCAGCUUCCCAUGGCCCUUUCGUUUGUCUCUAUGAGCUAGAAUGGUUAAUGUGCUUCGUGUGGAUUUACCCUAAUAGCAGGCUAGGACCCCAUUGCUAUAACUUUCAUGUUAGUGUUCUCUGUCAAAGGAUGUAAGAAACAUUGUAACCAGCAACCAGAGCUUCCAGGGACUAAGCCACUACCCA